AUGGCAUCGACGGAUCGUAACGCUCUGAUUGCCCUAUUUCAGGCGACCCGCGGGGCUGAGUGGAGGAAAAGUGACAACUGGGGCACAAGUGAGGGGCUGGGGACAUGGUACGGGGUGGACGUGAACGCCGAAGGCCGCGUGGUUAAGUUGUCGUUGUACAACAACAACCUCCAAGGUUCUCUACCACCGCAGCUGGGCAAUCUAGGCGCUUUGCAGCACUUGGCUCUCAACGCGAACUGGCUGAGCGGGCACAUCCCCGAGGAGUUGGGGGCUCUACGCCACCUUGAGAUGCUUUCGCUGCACAACAACUGGCUAGAAGGACCCAUCCCGGAGCAGCUGGGAAGUCUCACCAACCUGGAAAAGCUUCUGCUGUUCAACAAUCGGCUUACUGGUUCCAUUCCGACGAAGCUGGGCGCCCUCGCCAAGCUGGAGAAGCUAGCGCUUAGUCUCAACAGACUGACAGGCUUCAUCCCCAAGGAGCUAGGGGAUCUCAGCCAUCUGCAGAUGCUUCAUCUCGGAGACAACCAGCUUGACGGUCCUAUCCCCGAAACGCUGGGAGCUCUCGGCGAGUUGAAGGAGCUUGGCCUCAACAACAACAAGCUUACAGAAACCAUCCCCAAGCAACUCGGAGAUAUGACCAAGCUUGAGCGCGUUUGGAUCAGCAGGAACGAGCUUACCGGUUCCCUCCCACCAGAGCUAGCGUACCCCCGGGCACUGAAGUUGCUUCAUCUGCACGAGAACCAGCUCACCGGAGCGGUUUCUGCCAAUGGUUACAAUACGAAAUAUUAA